AAGAAGAGAGCCCAACUGAAAGCAAGAGGGAGCCAAACAAGAAAAAGAGGAAGAUGAUUUCAGAAAUUAUUUCUCAUGAAGAAGAUACUACUAUACAGUGGAUGUCAUCUGUGGAAGCAAAGAUCGAAGAUAAAAAAGUUAAAGGAGAAAAUAAACUAACAUCAGAGAAAUUGGAACAUCUCCGAAAGGAAAAGAUAAACUGCUUCCGGAACAAACACAAAAUUCAUGUCCAAGGAACUGAUCUUCCUGAUCCAAUUGCUACAUUUCAGCAACUUAACCAGGAAUAUAAAACUAAUUCUCGACUGCUUCAGAACAUUCUAGAUGCAGGCUUCCAUGCGCCAACACCAAUCCAAAUGCAAGCCAUUCCAGUUAUGCUGCAUGGUCGGGAACUUCUGGCUUCUGCUCCUACAGGAUCUGAAAAGACUCUAGCUUUUAGCAUUCCCAUUUUAAUGCAGCUGAAACAGCCCACAAAUAAAGGCUUCAGAGCACUGAUUAUAUCCCCAACCCGAGAACUUGCCAGCCAGACUCACCGAGAGCUAAUUAAAAUCUCCGAGGGCACGGGAUUUAGGAUACACAUGAUCCACAAAGCAGCAGAAGCAGCCAAGAAAUUUGGACCUAAAUCAUCCAAGAAGUUUGAUAUUCUUGUGACUACUCCUAAUCGACUAAUUUAUUUAUUAAAGCAAGAUCCACCAGGAAUAGACCUAACAAGUGUCGAGUGGCUGGUGGCAGAUGAAUCAGACAAACUGUUUGAAGAUGGCAAAACUGGAUUUAGAGACCAGCUGGCUUCCAUUUUCCUGGCUUGCACAUCCCACCAGGUCAGAAGAGCUAUGUUCAGUGCAACUUUUGCAUAUGAUGUUGAACAGUGGUGCAAGCUCAACUUGGACAAUGUCAUCAGUGUAUCCAUUGGUGCAAGGAAUUCUGCAGUGGAGACAGUAGAACAAGAACUUCUCUUUGUUGGGUCUGAGACUGGAAAACUUCUGGCCGUGAGAGAACUUGUUAAAAAGGGUUUCAAUCCACCUGUUCUUGUUUUUGUCCAGUCCAUUGAAAGGGCUAAAGAACUUUUUCAUGAGCUCAUAUAUGAAGGUAUUAAUGUGGAUGUUAUUCAUGCAGAAAGAACACAGCAACAGAGAGGUAACACUGUCUACAGCUUCAGAGCAGGAAAAAUCUGGGUUCUUAUUUGUACAGCCUUGCUUGCAAGAGGGAUUGAUUUUAAAGGUGUGAACUUGGUGAUCAACUAUGAUUUUCCAACCAGCUCUGUGGAAUACAUCCAUCGAAUAGGUCGAACUGGAAGAGCAGGGCAUAAAGGAAAAGCUGUUACAUUUUUCACUGAAGAUGAUAAGCCAUUAUUAGGAAGUGUUGCCAAUGUUAUACAGCAGGCCAGUUGUCCUGUACCAGAAUACAUAAAAGGUUUUCAGAAACUACUAAGCAAACAAAAGAAAAAGAUGAUUAAGAAACCAUUGGAAAGGGAGAGUAUUAGCACAACUCCAAAAUAUUUCUUAGAGCAAGAUAAAGGUAAACAGAAAAAGGUCACUGGCCAGAAGAGCAAGAAGAACGUAGCUCAUGAAAACAAAAGUUAAAAGCAGACUUCUUUUAAAAAGACUCACAGAAAUGUAAUUUUAUGGUCCCAGCAUAAAUGUUCUUCAAGACUUGUCAUCACUGCUACCAGACAUUUGGCAUCAAGUCCAAGUACAUAAAACUAUUGGAAAAUGAUCCUAAACUACUAAUGCAUCAUGUCAGAUUUUGAUUUAGCUGAA